AUGGCAACCCCAGCUCAUCGCUUGAUCCAAGAUCAGAACCUCAAUAUCCUCUACAAUGGCCCCACUCCUGGGCAAAAAACCGAUCUACCAAAAGCAGAUAAUAAGCCAAAACAUCUUUCUGGAAGGAAAGCUCUCAAUGACAUAUCAAAUGCAAGAAAGCCUUAUUCUCUACAGUCCGUGAAGAAAGACAAUCCGACAAAUGUCAUCUCAAUCGAGAAAGACCCUGUUGACGUUAGAGCAAAAAUCUCAAAGGCAGCUGCAAAAGGAAAAGCUAGCAGUAGAAAAGCACUUACGGACGUCACAAAUUCUGUAAAACCACCUGCUGCCAAACAGGGCCUAAGCACGGUCAGGAAGUCGGAUGUUUCUGUUGGACAAGGUAAUGUUUUGAGUUGUGUAGCGGAGGAAAGGUUUAUACACAAUCAUGGAGAGUGCAUAAAAGCUCAGACGAAUGCUGUGGAUAUGGGCUAUUUCCUGAAGUCGGUUGGAUUGAGUAAUGAUAUUCCUAUGAAGCUAUCGGCUAAACAGGCAAUCCCAUUAUCCUUAAAGAAGCCUGAGAGGAAUAACACUGAGCAUUCGGAAAUUGAAAUGCCAUUCAAAGAUGAGGAGGUUCUUCAAUGCUGUUCACCUGUGUGUAGAUCCCCUCAGUCACCAAAGGCCCCAUAUAUGAGCUGGGACGAUAAAGAAUGUUCUGAACUCAUGGUAAUUGCGACACCUAAGCUGCUGUAA